AUUCACAAUAAAAUUAUUCUUCGAGUAUGAGUAUUAUGACUGUCAGAUUUUUAAUUAGGUUCGUUUUCCAGUUUCGUUUUCAUAAUUCUUUUUACAUUAACAUCAAAUGGUUCCUGCGGUCCUCUCCUCUUCUACAAUGGCAGAGGAGGCAUCUCGGAUUAUUGUGGAAUUCCUCGAGGUUGCGAUCACUUCCAUCAUCUUCCAUAAAGGAGUUUAUCCCCCAGGUGCUUUUGAGAGGCGGCGAUACAUGAAUAUGGUAGUUCAGAGAGCUAGGCAUCCUCAGCUCAGAGAUUACAUCCAUUCUGCAUCAACAGGCCUUCUGCCUUUUAUUGGAAAGGGACUGGUGGAAAGAGCAGCUGUUAACUUCUUUGACAAGGAUGGCAUCUUGCUGGAGAGCUUUGUUUUCAAAAUCUCAAUAAAUCAGUCUUAUGGUUCAGAGUUAGAAGAAACCAACCUGGAGUUCUCACUCAGAUCAUUCUUGAUCAAGCUUUCAGUAUCAGAAUCCGUCACUAGGGCUCUUCCCCGGGAUUGCAGGUGGGAAAUAACGGCUUAUUUUCGUUCUCUCCCUGAGGCUAACACUAGCAAGGAUGCAGAGUUAUGGAUAACAACAGACACAAAGCAGUGGCAGCAACCUCCUUUAAUAAUUUCCAUCAAGUCAAUGAGCAGUGAACCUUUUGGCGUGCAGUUAUAUGUGGAACAUCCUAGUUCAUUUGAACCAAAAUCUUAAUGAGCAACAUCUAUGAUGUCCAAUCAUGCAGCAGAUACCAUCAAGUGCUGGGAAUGCAUGGUUAUUUGAGAUGGAAUGAGUCGUUGCCCUGUUCACUGUACUUUUUCUUCUUCAUCCACUGCACUUUUCAUUACAGACGCCUGUAGAUAUUGAAUCCCCUUUUAGCUAUGUUUUAGUUCUUAAUUGUAAUAUAGAUAGAAAAGGAUUAUCAUGGCCCAGAUUUAAUUUAUCUAUACAAUGAUUUACUAUAAGUACACGUGAGGAGAUGAAAAAUAGUAAAUGCAUUAUUAUUAUUUUUUUUCCUGGGCAUUUAUGCAAUGUAAUGAGUUGAAUUGGAGAAGAAUGGAAUGGAAAACUAUAUGAAGAAUAUGUAAAUUAUAAAAAAAACUAAUUUCAUUUC